AUGUCCUCAUCGGUGUUCGCCAAGACGAUGACCAGGGACCGCUACGAUGUCCUAACCUCCGCGCUCCACUUCGCUGACAACGAAGGGGAGCAUCCCGCGGAGGAUAGGCUUUGGAAGCUGCGCCAUGUGUUAGACGUCUUGGACUCGACGUAUCGAUCCGUCUUCGUCCCGAACAAGAACGUGACCGUCGACGAGAGCUUGUGGGCCUUCAAGGGGCGUCACCACGCCCGCCAGUACAACCCGAGCAAGAGGGCUCGGAGAGGGCUGAAAGACUACAAGCUUUGCUCGUCCGACGGUCCGGAGGCAGGGUAUACGGCGGCCUUCAAGAUCUACAUGGGGCAAGACCGCGGCGUAUUUCCAUCCAGCAUGAAGGCCGUCACCGACCUGCUGGAGAAGGCAGAUCUACUCGACAAGGGGUACCAGUUACACACCGACAACUGGUACACCUUCCAUUACCUGCAGACCCGGAAGACCAGUGCAGUUGGGACUGUGCGUCUCAACCGGCGUGGCAUGCCCUCGGACCUGCAGGCGAGUCGGGGACAAAUCGAUUUCCGGUCCAGCAAGACCGGAAUGAUCUGCCUUCAGUGGGUGGAUAAGCGUCCAGUUACGAUGCUUUCCACCGCCCACACCAGCAAGGUCGUUACCCUGCCUCCCAACCGCCGAGGGGUGGAGAGGUCGAAGCCUGAAGUUGUCGUUGAGUACAACAACGGCAUGAAGGGCGUCGAACUCUCGGAUCAGCUGGCGCAGUCAUAUCCAUCUACGAAGAAGACCGUCAAAUGGUAUAAGAAAAUUUUCUUCUACCUAUUGGAUAUGUCUACGACCAACGCUAUCCACCGGGCCCUCGGCGGAAAACUAACCCAGUAUGAGUCGUUCGAGGAUUGCUAG